AUGUUGAAUUUCUUUGUACAACCUUCUGUUUUGUCUUGCUUUUUACUAGCAUUUCUCCUCUUUGCUCCCUCACAAUUACAUGCAAGAGACUAUAGAAGUAAGGUUACAAUUGAUCUGUUGAAUGAGCUUUGCUCAAAAACCAACAAUCCCAGUUUCUGUUCGGUGGUAUUGAAGCUGAAUCUUGAGUCUACUUUACCAAUCGUUGCCCAGAGAACCCUAGAUUUGGCUCAUGAUAAGGCCACCACCACUCUCAGUUUAAUCGGGUCACUCAUCAAGAAAACAACUGAUCCUGAGUUAAGGAAAGAGUAUGUUUCUUGUUAUGAUGACUAUGACAAGGCAAUUGGUGAAGUUGAAAAUGGUAAGAAAGCUUUGAGCUCCAAUGUUUUUUAUAAGCUUGGCCUUGAAGCAAAUCAUGCCAUUGAUAAAGCUAAUAGAUGCAGAAUGGAGUUGAAAGUGCCAGCACCUAAUGCAUUAUUAUCAGAACAAGAAGAGUUUAAGAACCUUUGUAAUAUCAUUUAUGUUAUCUCUAAUUAUUUGUUUGAAUCAAACUGA